GCAGAAUGCCCUGAGUGAAGCACUACUGGAAUUAACCGGUUUAUACUGGAUUGGACUGCAUGGAACGGUUCACAAGGGAACACAGUAUGAAUGGGCUACUGGACAACCCGUAACUUAUACACAUUGGGACGAAGACCAGCCAGGAAAUGACCAGCAUCCGUGUAUAGCCAUGUCUGCUGGUACAACUCACACAGGGGAAUGGGACGACCAGGACUGUGGCAGUAAAUACUCGGCGAUAUGUCAGAAGCCCCGACGUACCGGGGUUGAUCCUGAGCUACCACCGACACCAUCACCUACAGGAUCGUGUCCUGAUGGCUGGAGUGCAUUUGGAAGCUACUGCUACCUGGUGGUUCGUGAGACGAAUGAGGCAAAUCGUAAAGACUUCAAUGGCGCUUACAACGACUGCUUCUCCAGAACCUUUUCAUGGGAUACAACCCUUGCUAGUUUCCAUAGUUACGAAGAGGAACAGUUUGUCGCAGGAUUGGUCGCAGACCUGAAACCAAGUGUUGAUCCUGUGGAGGAAUUCUGGAUAGGAAUGUCAUUAACAAGCACCGAUAAUUAUUAUUAUUGGGAUGAUGGCAGUCCAUUACAGUAUGUCAAUUGGGGUGUUAACAUGCCUGAAGGAAGACCUGAUCUAUAUUAUAUUGGACUAGUAGCAUACCCAGCAUCUGAAGACUAUGGAUGGGACUUCAUUGGUGCAACCGCCCAGAGGAAUUGGGUCUGCAAGACACCCAAAGACACCUACAUGAUGACAACGCUUCCGAAUGUAUCACCCGGCCAGUCUGAGAAGUGCGGGGAGAACUGGCAGGACUGGACAUACAAUGCUAACCUGGGCACCUGUUAUAGGUUCAUGGGACUUACGGAACAAGAAAGGGCCAUCUGGAUGGACGCUAAUGCUACCUGCGGUAGGGAGCAUGCUCAACUGGUCUCCAUACACAGUCCAGAGGAGAAUAAAUUUGUACAGGAUAUGGUGAACAGGAAUUCCUUUGACGCUGUCUGGACCGGUUUGAAUAAUCAUAUCACAGGCAGAGGGGGUUUUGUGUGGUCGGAUGGUUCACCCGCUGACUACUUUAGUUGGGAUGAGCAUGAACCUGGAAAUGGCCUCAAAAUGUGUGUCGAAAUGGACGCUACAACGGGUGGCUGGAGGCUUGGUGAAUGCGACACCCAGAUGGCGUACGUCUGUAAGCGAACCCCAGACCCGCAUAGCUACACUCCUGCUCCAACCAAGCAAGCCGAUGGAUUCUGCCCAAAGAACUGGUUCACGUGGGGAAACAAGUGCCUACAGUUUCUAGAUAGCUGGAACACGUGGACCGACCACAGGAAUUCGUGCCAGACCCUCGGUGGAGACCUGGCCAGUAUUCGAGAUUCUACAGAGCAAGCUUACAUCGUGACCUUGUUGGAGAGCGUUCCUGACCCCGUCUGGAUCGGGCUGAAUGACCGUGACAGUGAGGGUCGCUUCACCUGGGCUGACGGUACUCAGGUCCUCUACACAAACUGGGACACGAACGAACCCAACGAUAAUGGCGAUGGUGAGGAUUGUAUCGUCAUGUUUGGAUUCAACAGUGGAACGGAUCCAGGGGCGUGGAACGACGCUGAGUGUACUCAGAAAUACAGAGCCCUCUGCCAAAUACCUAGAGAUUCACAAGGGACCCCUCCUGCUCCUACUCUCUCGCUGUGUGGCUCCUACCAUCACUAUGGCAACGCUUGCUACAAACUCUACAAUGGAUCGUAUACGAGGGAACAAGCUAAGACGAUGUGUGAGUCUGAUGAUUUGGGUUCCACCCUCGCAUCCAUAAACUCCAUCUACGAGGACCUUGAAAUCAGCUUGAUGAUGCGUAAUGCUGGCAUCGAUUCACCCAUGUACAUUGGACUUACACAGACUAAUAACUCUACGUACGGCUGGGAUGACACGUGGCCCGUGGUCUACACCGGCUGGGCAUCGGGACAGCCUUCCCUUAACCCGGAAGAGAAGUGUGUGGUAGUCAAUGCUGGGGUCAGUAACGGUGGUUCGUGGGAUGAUGUCUCAUGCACUAGCACAUAUGGCGCCGUAUGCAAGUUUACUCAAGGUGGUAUACCACCCCAGCAGCCUACACUCACACCCGAAGAUUGCCCCGGCAGUGACUGGUCUGUCCAUGGAAGUGCAUGCUACAAAGCCUAUCUUGAAGAGGAAUUUAUCGUACCUUGGUCUGCUGCCCUCUAUGUCUGUAAGGAAGACCGAUCCAGCCUUGUCAGCAUCCACAGUGAUAGAGAGAGGGAUUAUGUUAUCUCUCUUACUCAGGGUGAUUACUACAGUGUGUGGAUCGGGUUGAACAACAUCAAUAGCUUCGGUUUUAGUUGGGAAGAUGAAAGCCCCUAUGAGUAUGUCUCCUGGGGCCCUGGAGAGCCCAGCGGGACCAACGGGGACGAACAGGACGAACAGUGUACCCAGAUGUACACCAGUGGUGGGCACGUGGGGCAGUGGAACGACCUCUACUGUCUAGAGAAGUGGCCUUUCGUCUGCAAGUACACCACAGGAAGUCCUUUAUACCAAUCGACACCACCCAGUGAAGUAGAGCCGAAAGGGAAGUCCAUGAACGUCGGUGCUAUCGUGGGCAUAACAGUCGGAAUUGCAGCCUUCAUCGUGAUCGUUGCCGCACUCAUCGUCAUGUUACGACGUCAGAAGAGAAUGGUGACCUAUUUCCGAUCGGUGGCCGGCCUGGAGGUCGCACCCGAGCAACUGUUCAAUGAUGAUAAUGAUCGCGGUGGUCGAACGGACUCGUUUGACGAUGCAAUGCUGAGUGUGAACAACUAAAACCACUCGAAAUUUAAAAAGUUUGUUGCUAGCGUACCCAACAUAAGCCCCUGCCUGUCUCGUGUUAGCCUCCAGCUUUGCAAUGUUUGAUGUAUUUACCUUUAAUAUCGUCAAACAUAAAUGCCGUAUUUUGUCAAAAGAAAUGUGGAUUUCAAUAUAAUUCAAUGACAAUUCACAAAAUUGUAGCACUUGUAGUUUUUGAAGAAAGUAUAAAAGCUUAAUCAGUCCCAAUCAUUGUAGAUUGAUACGUUGUGUUUGUUUUCUAAGCAAUAUUUGUAACGAUGUAUUUUGUUUAAACUUUCUAUUAUUAACAUGCAACAAACUUCAGUUACCAUAGCAACAAUCUACAUCUCUUCAUCAUGUUUUCUUGCUGACAAUACCAGUCGAGUUUAACAAAUGAAAUUUGAUAUAAAUU